AUGGAUUUGACUAUGAAGGCACCAGAAGUAGUCAACUUCCAACAGAAUGUGUCUGAUUCGUGUGAAAGGUUGACCAUCAUCAACCUUUCAACAAGAUUUAACCAGUCUGUCCAUUUGUCCCCAAUCAGUGGUCUUCUAAAGGCAAAAUUCAACGGUAUUUCAAAGAAAGAUAAUGUGAACAUAGCAAUAGUGACUGUGGUGAUCGACUUCACUGCAACAUGGUGCGGACCAUGCCGCUUCAUUUCUCCAAUCUUAGAUGAGAUUGCCAAGAAGCUUCCAAAUGUUCUUUUCCUCAAGGUGGAUGUUGAUGAAAUGAAGUCAAUUGCCGAGGAGUUCAGUGUCGAGGCCAUGCCGACGUUUGUGCUUAUGAAGGAAGGAAAGGUCGUGGACAAGGUUGUGGGAGCUGCCAAGGAGGAGCUGAGCGGGAAGAUUGCGAAGCACAGUGCAACUGCAUGCAUAGAAGUACCGAGAAUAAGAUGGUCCUUCAACUGCAUGCAUCCGUGGAGCUGCCAAGGUAGGGGUAGUAUUCGCCUAAAUAAAAUGGUCCUUCAACUCUGAGUUCGAGAAUAAGAUGUGUGUCAGCCGCUGCUUGCUACCGCUCAACUCAUGGAUAAGCUGGCACUGGUGCAGAUACGUAAUGUAAUGUUAAGCCCUCUUAAUCGCGCACACUGGCGACAAACUGUAUGUGAUGAUAACAUCGGUCCACGAAUAAAAA